AUGGACCAGGAUCUGACAGUGUUGGGCGGGACAGCCCAGGUCAGCAAGGGUCCCAGAGUCACAUUCCAGCCACAGGAGCUGGAGAAGCCUAGAGAGAAGAAGACCGGGGUUGAGGAGGCAGAGCUGGAUGAGGAGGAGAAGGAGAUCGACGCCAAGCUCAAGUACCUGGAGCUGGGCAUCACCCAGCGCAAAGAGUCUUUGGCCAGAGACCGGGGUGGCCGUGACUACCCGCCCUUGCGUGGUCUCAGUGAGCAUCGCGACUACCUGUCAGACAGUGAGCUCAACCAGCUGCGGCUCCAGGGCUGUGCCACUCCGGCUGGCCAGUAUGCAGACUUCCCUGUCACUGCCGCUGCUCCUGCCACUCCCUCUGGCCCCACUGCUUUCCAGCAACCCCGGUUCCCACCUCCGGCGCCACAGUUCGCUGCAGGCAGCGGUGGGCCAACACGGAAUGGAUUCCCAGCCCACCAGGCACCCACCUACCCUGGCCCCAGCACGUACCCAGCACCUGCCUUUCCUCCCGGCGCCAGUUACCCUGCUGAGCCUGGCCUGCCAAGCCAGCAGGCUUUCCGUCCCACAGGCCAUUAUACAGCCCAAACACCCUUGCCAACCACACAGAGCACCCUUUACCCAGUCCCAACUGACAGCCGUACCCCCCACCAGAAGCCACGCCAGACAUCACUAGCCGACUUGGAGCAGAAGGUGCCCACCAACUAUGAGGUGAUCGCCAGCCCUGUCGUGACCAUGUCUGCAGCCUCGUCUGAAACCAGCUAUAGUGGCCCAGCAGUAAGCAGCAGCUAUGAACAAGGAAAGGCCCCUGAGCUGCCGCGGGCCAGUGACCGUAGUGGUGUGAGCCUGAGCCCAGCCCCCACCUACCCCUCUGACUCACACUACACCAGCCUGGAGCAGAAUGUCCCUCGGAACUAUGUGAUGAUUGACGACAUCAGUGAGCUGACCAAGGACAGUGCUUCCACUGCCCCUGACAGCCAGAGGCUGGAGCCCCUGGGGCCGAGCAGCAGUGGGCGUCCAGGGAAAGAGCCAGGAGAACCAGGUGUCCUUGAGGGGCCCACACUGCCCUGCUGCUAUACCAGAGGGGAGGAAGAAUCCGAGGAGGACUCCUACGACCCCCGUGGGAAGAGCGGCCAUCACAGGAGCGUGGAGAGCAAUGGCCGACUAGCCAGCACCCACUAUUACGGUGACAGUGACUACAGACACGGGGCUCGAGCAGAGAAGUAUAGCCCAGGCCCCGUGGGGCCCAAGCAUCCCUCUAAGAGCCUGGCCCCGGCUGCCGUCUCCUCAAAGCGCAGCAAGCACCGGAAGCAGGGCAUGGAGCAAAAGAUCUCCAAGUUCUCACCUAUCGAAGAGGCCAAGGAUGUAGAGUCAGACCUGGCCUCCUACCCCUCCCCUGCAGUCAGCAGCAGCCUGGCCUCUCGGGGCAGGAAGUUCCAGGACGAAAUCACCUAUGGGCUCAAGAAGAAUGUGUACGAGCAGCAGAGGUACUACGGGGUGUCCAGCCGGGACCCGGUGGAGGAGGAUGACCGCGUGUACCAUGGGAGCAGCCGGUCCCGGGUGGCAUCUGCAUACAGCGGGGAGAAGCUCUCCAGCCAUGACUUCAGUGGGCGGGCCAAGGGAUACGAGCGGGAACGGGAGGCUGUGGAGCGACUUCAAAAAGCGGGCCCCAAGCCCUCAUCUCUGAGCAUGGCCCAUGGCCGGCCCCGGCCCCCCAUGCGGAGCCAGGCCUCUGAAGAGGAGAGCCCCGUCAGCCCCUUGGGGCGGCCCCGCCCUGCUGGGGGCACCCUCCCCCCGGGGGACACCUGCCCACAGUUCUGCUCCAGCCACUCCAUGCCUGAUGUCCAGGAGCAUGUCAAGGAUGGACCGCGGGCCCACGCGCAUAAGUGUGAGGAGGGCUACAUCCUGGAUGAUUCCCACUGCGUAGUUUCCGACAGCGAAGCGUAUCACCUGGGCCAGGAGGAGACAGACUGGUUUGAUAAGCCCCGGGAUGCCCGCUCUGACCGGUUCAGGCACCACGGGGGCCACGCAGUCUCCUCCUCCUCCCAGAAGCGAGGCCCUGCCAGGCACGGCUACCACGACUACGAUGAGCCCCCCGAGGAGGGCCUGUGGCCACACGAUGAGGGUGGCCCGGGCCGCCAUGCCUCAGCCAAGGAACACCGACACCACGGUGACCACGGGCGGCACUCAGGCCGCCACACUGGCGAGGAGCCGGGCCGGCGUGCUGCCAAACCACACGUUCGAGACCUGAGUCGCCAUGAGGCCCGGCCUCACCCUCAGCCCAGCCCUGCCCCGACUGUGCAGAAGAAGGGUCAGCCUGGGUACCCCAGCUCCGGUGAAUAUUCACAGCCAUCCCGUGUUCCAUCAGCAUACCAUCAUGCCUCUGAGAGCAAGAAGGGCUCCCGGCAGGCCCACUCAGGGCCCGCUGCACUGCAGCCAAAGCCAGAACCCCAGCUGCAGCCGCAAGGUCGGCAGGCAGCUCCAGGUCCACAGCAGUCACAGCCGCCUCCAUCCAGGCAAACGCCCUCAGCAACAGCAUCGCGCCAGCCACAGACACAGCAGCAGCAGCAGCAGCAGCAGGGUCUCGGGCUACAGCCUCUGCAGCAGACCCCUUCGCAGGCCCGCUUGCAGCAGCAGGGCCAGCCAGCUGCCCGGGGUCCGGCCCCCGCUGCCAGCCAGCCAGCAGGGAAGCCUCAGCCAGGGCCCUCGACAGCCACAGGCCCUCAGCCAUCAGGACCACCGCGGGCAGAGCAGACGAACGGCUCUAAAGGGACUGCCAAAGCACCCCAGCAGGGGAGACUUCCUCAGGCCCAGCCACCACCAGGACCUGGACCUGCAGGCAUGAAGCCUGGAGGGACCCCAGGGGCUCCUGCUGUCCAGCCAGGUGCCGACGGGGAGAGUGUGCUCUCCAAGAUCCUCCCUGGUGGGGCAGCAGAGCAGGCCGGCAAGCUGACGGAAGCUGUGUCUGCUUUUGGCAAAAAAUUCUCCUCCUUCUGGUGACCAUGCCCUGCAGGGCUCUUGAAGAAAUGAAGGGAGAUGAUAUCAUUGCUGUGGAAAAAUCUCUGGAGUCAGAGGCCUGGGCGCAGCUCUGGACUCUGCGUAUAACACAUCUACAAUCUGGCAAACCUUGGCCCAAAGACUCACACCAGGUGGGACGUGGCAGGCGGGCCUCAGUUGAGGACGGGAUGUUUUCUAACAGCAGCUGCCGGGGUGAAACAUCUGUUGGUCGAGUGGGACCAUUGGCCCAGGGGGACCUGUGAUUGUCUUUCCAGAGACCCUGCUCUCCUCAGGGCACCACCUUCAAGGCGUAGCUGUUGUUGGCAGGGAGGAACCCUCUCUGCCGGCCCUGCCAUGCGGCAGUCUUGCUGCUCUUCCCACAGCCGCCUUCUGCGGCCUGGCCAGCCAGGCUACCAAUGCGUUAUACACAGAGUUUGAGCGCGCGCAGCCUGUUUUUGACGGACGCUGCCCACCCUCCACAAUGCCAGAAAUUUUUCCACAGCCCUGGAGAGGGGCUUUGACUGAGGGCUGGGGGCCCCGGGCUCCAUUUCCUUCACAUUCCAGCUGGCCCAGAUCCCUCUGUGGCCACAGGGCCCUGCCCCCUUCACCCUGCCCCCUGGGUGACACCGGAGCAGACUUCCAUGUGGCUAGCGUGGGAUUGGGAGAACUUUACAAACAUUAGGACCUAACACUGUCUCAUCGCUGAAAUAAGAGGCCAUAGCACCGAAAAGCAGCGUGGGCGCUGGCUGAGGCUUCUCCCAGCCCGUGGGUGGCCGCGUGCUAGCACGCCCGCCACCAUCUUCAAAGCCAUCACCCCCAGUCAUCGUGAGCAUCCCAGCGGCACCACCAUUGUCUCGACCAGCCGGCUCCUCGUUCGUACACCUGGGGAUUUCUUUUGAUUUCAGGAACAGCCUUAAUUAUUUCAGUUUGAUUUAAGUGUAUACCUCAUAAACAUUGUUCUUUUAUUUCUCCCCCCACCCUUUCUCUCUUCGCUCUCUCGGCUCACCUCCUUGCCUCUCCCCUCCACCACCACCUUGUGACUGAUGGUUUGGUUCCCUCUCUGCUCUGCCCCUGCUUAGCACAGGGAGAAUAUUGACUUAGAAGCAAUAGUGGGCAGCAGGCCACCAAGAGCACAACCCCAGGGCGGGGUCUAGGGAGGCCCCUCAGCCCGCCUCUGUUUACCGUGCAACUCCAGUCCUUCUUAAGCCAUCACCAGUGGACAUGCUCAGAGCAGAGGGGCCAGGGCUUCUGCCAGCCAAGGGAAGGGCCCAGGGCCCUGCGCUGGGGAGUGUGGCGCCGUCCAUCCACCUGGUGGACUGGGCGGUGUUCCUCCCUGAGGCCCUUCCCUUAGGGGCCUCCCUUCACCUUGGGCACAGCCACAAGUCUCAUCUCUAACGUUCUAUGCAAUGAAAUAUAAACCCUCAAAGACAACUGUUAAUAUUUAUUAAAUUCCGUGUUAUGUAUAAGGAGUUAAUUGCAAACCUGCAAUUGAGAAACUGGAUAGAUAUGCUCAUAUCAAACCCCUCGCUCCCUUCCCCCUCCCCCACUCCCACUGUGUGUGUGAAAUUCUCAGUCUGUGGCAUGUUCGACCUGUGGCAGGACUCGCUGCUGCCAGGCAAGUCACCGCCUGUCCCGCAGUGGAGCAUGCACAGCUCGCAGCUUCUUUGCACGAUUUCAUCCAUUUUCAAUGCUCAACCCUCUUGCUUGGAGUUCUUUUUGUCUCAGAACCUCUCCUUCAGGAGUGCUUCUAGCUAACUUCUGCACGAGCUAAUGAGGACCCACCGGAAUUGCUGCCCGAGCAUGCCAGGCUGUGGGCCCGGCAGUACAAGGCCCCACACCCCCUGCAGGUUUCUCUGACCAAGAUGUCUCUGAGGAGACACGUGGUGGGAGCCUGCACAGGAUGUGUGCGUGUGAACAUUCGGAAGGUUUGCUGUAGGAUUUCCAUGUGUAAGUCACUCCCCCACUUACCCCAGCCCUGAGCCAGAGACAUCUGGCCUCCCCUUCCCAGCGGGGCACUGCUCAAGAGCGGAGCUGGGCUGCGUCUGUAGCCAGAGAGACAGAGGCCAAGGGUAGGGCCCAGCUCCUGACUGCACCUCUCCGUGCCUCUCCUUUGUGGCCGGGAGGCUCAAAGGUCUGUGAGCCAGGAGAUCUGGCUGGGCGCCAGAGAGUGCUCAGGAAGAGCUGGAGUUUGGGCAUUUGUGGUGAGGACAGCUGACAGUGUCAUCUUUGAUCAGAGUGCGUAUUCACAUAGACAGUGGCUUCAAGCUGAGUUUCUUGGGAAGCUUCUCAAUAACAAAACUUACAGAAGGUUCUGUUGUGACGCUCUCUGCAUCUGUCUCCAGGACCAAAACUCCCUGCCAGCCCCUUCCUCUGAAGCCUAAGUAUCCCACUGCUCAUCAGCUUCUCUACGACUGAGCCAAGAGUGCGGCAGGUGGUAGCUGCCCGACCCCUCCAGGCCUGGCCUUCCUCCAGAGUGCUCUGGUUUGCACCAUGCAUUUCUCAGGGGUCCACAUUUCUCAUUCUUUCCUAUAAGGUCUACAAACCCCUUCAGAGAGGGAUCCUGGCCCACCUCUGGCAGCUGUGGAUGAGAUAGGAGGCUGUCAACCCUUGUGUUGGGCCUAAGACCCCGCCCUUCUGGAUUUGGGCUUCACCCAUCCAACGGGACACCUGCCUCAUCCCAGAGAUCAGGCCUGGGCUGUAUGAGGCUGUCUGUGCAAGGGCUGAAGGAGGCCACCAUCUGGCACCUCUGACCACCCAGGGCCAGGUCUUUGUGGGGGAUGUGCCUAGUGGCUGGAUACAUGAGGGACUAAUGCAGUGAUCCUCUCCAUAAAAGGCCAAAGGAUGGGACCAGGAGCAGGGAACAGGCAGGGAGAUGACAGCAGGUCAGCCUCCAUCAAAGCUAGUUUCACGCUCUCAAAUGUUGACUUUUCAGCAAACCUCCUUUCUGGCCAAGCUCUCUGAGUUUGAAAUUUCUGACAUCUGCCACUCCCUAACCCCCAGCAUAUCCACAGGACACAUCUGUACCUAUCACCCCUUGUGAAGGUGGCUGGAGCAGGCCUCUGGGCCACAGUGUCCUGGCCCUUGUGUGGAUACAGCUGUGGCUCUGGGGGCCAGAGGCUGAGGGACCAGCAUUCGAUGCCUUGGGCAGUGGGGAGCACCAAGCACAUUUCCACAUGGACAAGGGGUUCUCUGGGAUGCAGUCCAGGCCUUCUCUACACCCUCCCCCGACCCAGUGUCAUGAACAAGGGCACUGCCGCCUCUGUCUGCUUCAGGGCCUAAUGCAUUCACAGUGACAGCCCCCCUUCCCCACCAUCCACUUAGUCCUUGGGAAGAGAGGGUGGUCUCAGGGCCCAUGAUGACUGGGCAGCAGUGGCAGCAACUAUGGCCUGUCUUCUGGAGCCUGUGGGGAGUUUUCCAGGCAGAUUCUUUGCCAUGACAACAAGGUCCUGGCCUGUUGGCCCCUCCCUUGCCCUCGUGCCUCCUCCCCCCAUUCUGUAAAUACUUGUCAUUGUGGACUCCGACAGGGUCAGAGGGACAGGCCUGACCAACUGAAACUCCUCAGAGAUAUCAUUUCUGUCUCCCUGGGUACCAGCAGCCCUGCUGCCAUGUGCACUGGGGUGGCACUGGAGAGCCAUGGAAGUCAUGAGAUAUUGUGUGUGUAUGCAUGUGAACAAGUGUGUGAGUGUGUAUGUGUGUGUGUGUCCGCCUCAUUUGGCCUCUGGGAUCAAAUCAGCUCCUUCUCUCUAAGUGCAGUGCCCUGGAGAGUGGUGGCCGCCCAAUGCCUUUCCUCUGCUAGCUUCCAUGUCUUGUUUUUGCUUCCCCCUCACUCCUUCCCUGCCUCCCUUCUUUCCUCUCUCCCUUUCUUUCCUUCUCUCCUUCUUUAUUUGAGGGGGGAAGAGUGCUGUACAAAGUCAAACAAACAAGUUUACAGUUGUAAGUGCAAUGAAUGACCCGAGUCCUCCACAUGACCUUGUGAAUCGUGUGCCGUCCUCCUGUGCUCUGUGAGAACUCGUGGUACUUCAGUGUCCCUCCCCCUGUAUUGUAACAAGGUAAUUCUGUGGUAUCAGAAUAAAAGGACUUGAUAUAAACAACCUA